AACUUUAAACUUUUCCAGCACGAAGAUGUUGAUAGCCCGACUGGCGUUUUUAGUCUCUAUUCUGGGCAUUGUGGUUGGGUUCCAGAAACUGGACUCCACUUCCAGUCCCACGACUACCAGCACUAUGAGGUCUGCCCCUUAUUGUCAGCCAAGUGGAGGAUAUUGUCGGAUGCAUAUGGAUUGCUGUUCGCGAAUGUGCAUUCAAGUGUCAGCAGAGUGUCGCUAGAAUAAAUUGAAUACCUUAUGCUUGGAGUUUGAUAUAUUAAAACGAUUUAAUAGAGUG